AUGUCCUCAUUACCAAACGAUUCAAAGGCUCUGUGUGACUACCUCGGGAUAGAGGAGGAGGUGGACUAUGGUAGCGAUACCAGUGUCCGCGGUGAUACAGGGACAAUUUCCGGCUCACUGAUGCCUGAGGCACAACUUUCGAACACCCCAAAUCCGUUCGCUGAACGUGGAGGUGCGAGCGCGCCACCAGCGCAGUAUGCAGCGUCUGGGUCUGAUGAGACUAUCAUCACGAACCCGCUCGAUGAGCAACAACAACUGCUUGUUCAAAGAGAAGAAAACGCUCAGCGUCAUGUACAAAUGGCUACAACCCUUGAACGCCAGCGUGACUAUGUGUUCACCCCACCCAGUGUGGAGGAACGUCUACGUCAAGCGGCCGGCCAAACAUUGGCAACGUGGGUCAUUGGCCAUGGGCCUAAGACUCCUGGGGAGGUUGUGAGCUGCCAGGCACUUUGCGAGAGGUACCUGAUGCCGCAUUUAACGACUCAAAGUCAAUACAAGGCACGCCUUGACAUGCAAGCGCGUAUUACACCGGUUCCACCGAUCAAGGGUAUACCCAUUCUCUUGUUCGCAGGCGAAACAGUGAGCGAAGAAGACGAUGCCUUUGUUCACUGGCUUCGGUAUGAUUAUGCCAAGCUUAAGGCCAGAGGCCAAUUGCGCAAGCGCACGCGCUAUGCUUCGGCUGCUAAGGUAGCCGCGAGUGAUGGUCAGUCUGUGGCCAACAACCCGCCAACCCGCACCACUAGUGGUGGGGAACGGCCUCGGCCUCGAGACGACCAUGGCCACGAUGCUCAAAAGCCUCCAAAGCAUAUGGGCAGUCUUGUCGAAGGGGUACCUCAAAUUCCCAUGAGUUUUCAGAAUCAAAGUACCCACGCCACUUUACCAGAUACUGCAAAGUCGGUGGCGGCCGGUGUACCGGUGGAGGCCCACGAGAAAUUGGUUCUCGAAGUGAAGGGUCUUCAAGAGGCCUUGGGUAAGUCCCAGUGCAUGCUGGAUGCGAUGCAAAGCCGCCUUCAGGCGAUGGAGCAAGCUCAAACUCGGAGCGAGGCUCAGUUGGACUUGCUGAUUCGUCUACAGCAAUCCGGGGCAGUGCCCUUGUCGUCGGCGCAAGCGCCUCCAAGUUCACAUGGGAAGGAUCCCGGUACGGCUUAA